UGAUAUCACAAUAAGAUGAGUUGAUUUUUGUUUAAUAGUUUUACUUCAUUACCACAAAAAAAAUGGUGCAGAUUUUAAAAAAAUCUUUUGCUCGUGAAAAGAACGAGAACUGUAAAUAAUUUUUUUUCCUAAACAGUUGGAGUGAUUCAAAAAAAUUAGCUUUUGAAGAUUGCAUGAUAUUCUCUUCGCACCCGUGGUAACUGGCUAUACUCAGUUUUGACAACACAUUUUCUAUAAAAAAAAAGAUAUACUUGUGGAGUAAACAGCUGACUCCAUAGACAUUAUCUUUUAUCUCAGUUGCUAUUCAUUGGAAAUCAUCUUAAAAUUGGAUCGACGUUCAUCUACACAAAUUAUCUCGUAACUCCGCAUUUUGUUUACAAACGGUCAUUUCGAAAAAGUUACGCUCGUCUAGCACGAGGGAAAUAAUUUUUUACAUCCAAAGAUAACAAAACCCCAUGUAAAAAGAAAAUGGGGUUGAAAACGAAGAGUAUGAGAAAAAUUUUAGAGCCCAUCGAAGUUCAAAUGCACCAGUUGAGAUUGUUGUCGACAAAUGAUUUUAUAAAAGCUGCGGACAUAACUCAGAUCCAAUCCAUAGUGUUCGAGCAACUCAACAACUUGGCUGAAAAAUUUUCUAAACUUCCAAAAGAAGACGCCAGCAAUUAUCAAGAGAUGAAAUCAAAGAUUACCAGUCUCAUUGAGGAAUUUUGUUUAAUGAAGAACAUCAAACAACUGGUACCAAGCCCAAAAACUCAAAGUAGCAAAGAUGUUAUCAGUGUGGUACUGGAAAAAUUCAGGAGUUCUCUCGAGACGCUAGAAAGACUAGAGUGUGAACCCCUUAAACAACAGCUGCAAGAUUGUUGGGAUUAUGUCAAAGAAAUGGGUGCUGUUGAACAAAUUGAAGAUUUCCAAAAUAUUAAAGAAUUGGGCAUGUUUAUUAUAGAGAUUUUUGAGCCACUUCAACGCUACAGAAAAAAUUUGAUUUCUCCAUUAUUUAGAGAAAAAAUGGCUCUUUAUACGGGCCAAUUGUGCACAAGCUUUGCCGUAUUGGUGGAAGUUAUCCAGGAACAACAUCAGUUGCGAGCACCCAUUUAUAGCGCCAAGAAGUAUGUUUGCGACAGACUUUGCUGGUGUUUCAAGAUGAUAAUAGAGCUCUUGGACGCUUCCAGUCCUACUGAGGAAGAAGAAAAUUUUGAGAAAGAAAAUCACUUUGUAUACAGAAUGGAUCUCGUACUCGAUAUAAUAUCAAGCAUGCCAGGCAAAACGAACGAGCAACAAUUGGAAAUAUGUAAAGAUUUGUGGGCUGGAAUUGAGGAUGUGUUUUCCCACGCAUUGGGGAUAGCUCAAGUUUGUCAACCAUACAAUUUCAAAGCGAUCACUGGUGCAAGUCAGUCGAUAAUGUCUGAAUACGAGAAUCUAAAGGUUCAACUUGAAUCAGACAAAUCGGAUCCAACCUUGAACAAUCUUUUCAUGAAUACAUUGAACGAUGCCUUAUACCGCCUUGAACGUAAGGUCAACAUUUCUGUUCUCACUCUGGUAAUGGAAGUUUUUAGUGAUCCAUUCAGUGCAUUGAGAAAACUCGUCAAAAGUUGUGGGAAUCCUUUAACCGUUAAAAAACGAUCACGAAACGAUCUCAGCAAAGGUAUCGAGGAUUUUGACCAACUAACCGAUAAAGCGAUGCAAAUUGGAAUGUUUGCUAUUGCUUGCUGUAAUGACGUGGACAGAAUCACAAAAAUUCGUCAUUGCAUGGCAAGCUUGGAGUCUUUGGAAUCAGAAUUUGUUCCAGCUACAGUGGCAUUUUAUCUUCAUCCCGAUAACAAGGAAAUGCGGGCUUGCAUCAAAAUUUUAAUCACCAGGUGGCAAGCCGAAAUGAAUAAAUUGCACAAUGUCGUGGAUUUGAUAAUUGAUUCAGCAGCUUAUUGUCAGGUGAUUCUGGACGAUCUGCAGGAUCGCAUUUCGAAGAUGUCAGAUUGUCUCGACAACCGUGAAGGAGUAACUCGAAUUCACGUCCAGGUAGUUGUCCAACGUGCCAUAGCACUUGCGACUCAAGUUACGGCAGCGGUGAACGACAUCGGUCGUGAAAAAAUCGAUCGACAGACGAUCAUGAUGAUUCUUGAGUUAAAAAUUGCUAUUUACGAAGCUGAUGGAGCCUCGAAAACGUUGCUAGUUGAAAACGCGACGGAUUCGCAGCAAUUAAGGGUCAUAAAACGUUGCGAAUUGAUACUGAACGUCGUCAAGAGAUUGCAGCCUGCACUGGUGACUGUUAUGAAUAGUACUAUAACGACUAGUAGCGGUUAUGGGAAAGCUGGAAUGGGACAAGGCGAUUCUCUUCAUGCCUCGAGUGCUCAUUUUCCAUCGUCAAUGUCCGGUCCUCUCCAUAAUGGAAAAUUUCUCACGUACAUUAGAACUCCUUACACGGUACAAAACUAUAAACCACCGUUGUCGAUACAACCGGCUAACAGUGCGCCAAGAACACCCACGGAUUUGUCAUCGUUGAUACCGUACAUACAACGUGGUCGCACAAUGCGUACGGAUCGUUCAAUAAUGUACAAAACGCCAAAAAACAGUGAAAUUCGUAAUGUCACGACUCAUGAAAAUCGACUUAAAAUGCGUAAUCUAUCUUGCAUUAGACAACAUUUAUUCAGCCGGGAUAGUUUUAUUUCACAAAAUGAGAUUGACCUGUCCAAUGAGAGUCUCGAAUUAACUGCGAUACUGGACAAACUAACUUGUCUCUCGGACACUCUAAGUUCAAUAGCUCAGAGUUCCAUGGAACCUGAUGAAAAACCACCAAAAUCAAAACAUUCGAGAGACCCGAUCGGUGAUUCGAUGGAAAAUAUAUCAGUUGCAUCGAGCGUUUGUUUGGGUCGUUUGAACGAAAGAAAAAGCGACGAAUGUUCUGUUAUCGGUGGUGGCGAUGCACCGUCGAGUAUCGCAACCCCUGAGAAGGUCGAGGACAUUCAAAGAAUCGACAAAGAAAUCGAAAUUCUCCAGAAACAGUUUAAGACACUGAUCAUCAAUUGAAAUCCGUUUCAUUUAAUAACAUUCCAUUCGUAUCGGAUUACAUUAUAUUAAUGAUACGGUAGGAAAAACUGUCGAAAGGCUACGAUCCGUCCAAUUUAGAUAUGUGCAAAGAUGAAAAAUGAAGAAGCUGGCCACAAUCUAGUGAAGCUCAUUCGCAUUAUCUUUUGUAUCCUUUAUUUCUUUAUAGUUCUCGAGCACCUUUGUUCGUCAUUGACUGUCAUUUAACUCUUCUGAUUAUUAGUAUUAAAUACCGAAGAUCUGACUUCACUGGAACAAUCAGAGUAUAAUAAAGCUUGAGUCGUAAUAUUAAAAUUUGAUAUUUUUGAAAUUCUUAUCGUAAUUCCAAGAUUCUGAUAUUACAAUAUAGUUAUAAGGGAAUACAAUAACUAACAGUAAAUAGUGAAAGUUUCGAAAUUUCUUCUUUCCGAUGCAGAUAUAUAUUAUUCUUAAUUUGAAAUUUAUUGCUAUAUUAUUAUAAAGCUUAUUUAUCAAGAUUUUGGAAAUAGCGAAAGAAAUUCCAUUUUCUUUUACGUGUAGUAAAUAGUAAGAAAUUAUUUGAAAAAUUCUUAUUUCAAUGGAUUCAUUGACUACUUUCCAAAAAUUGAGCCCAAUGCACUUUCAGCUAUUGGAAAAUUUAAUAUGAUGUUUGCUAAAUUAUGAAUAAUUUACGGUUUUGUAUUUUUAAACUGAUUGAAUAAAGUUGAAAAUAAUGAUGUAUUGUUA